UCAAUAAUUUGAUUCAUUGUAAACAGAAAUUACCUAAAUCAGCAGUUAGCAGUAGAAAUAGCUGAUACAAUAAUGUUUUGACCAUAGUUUUACUGGCACAUGCCUACUAAAUUUGGUGCCAGCUGUGUUAUAGCAUUUGGCAUGGAGAAAUGAAUUCAUAGCAGUUGAGGGAAACAGACUUGCAGGUGUCACUCAUACUUUUGACUACUAUUACUGCAAUUGGUUAUUGUCUUAUUGCCAUUUAGGUGGCUAAGUCAUGCAAUGUGUGGCGGAGACUCUUUUUGUAAUGGUGAUGUAUUUAACAAACUUUAGAGCCUGGGCAGCCAAUUUGUGGUGUUAUAAAUGCAUUGAAAAAGCAAAUUUUCAAAAUGUUAUAAAUUGUGUACAAGCACAGACAUAACACAUCCAUUAGACAUCAUCCUUUAUACCAUUCAUUCAGUAUUUCAUUUUAAUGAUAUAGGGUUAUGGAGGAAAAUGAGCAGUAAACAGGCAGCAUAAAGCUUACUUAGAUAUCUACAUCAAAAUGUUGGAAUAUAUUUGCAAUCUAUGCAAUCCAUAUUCCAGGCUCCUUUAGUACUGAUGACGGACAACUCCCGUCCUGAAAAGGAUGCUCUUAAAAAGACAUGGCCCACAGCAGAGCAGCUCCUAUGCCAGUUUCAUGUGCUGCAAGCAGAAUGGCGCUGGCUAACUGCAACUGCUAACAAAGUCCCCAAGGAAGACCGACGUCAGCUGAUGGCUGCCUUCCAAAAGAUACUGUAUGCAAAGGACCUGAGCCAGCUUCAGGCAGCAAAGGAGCACCUGCGCACUGUUGGGCAUGAAGGCUACAUCCGCCGAGUAGAGGCAUUUCUUUGCUGUGAAAAGGAGUGGGUACAGAUGUACCGAACAAAUCUAGCGACAAGGGGGCACAACACAAAUAAUUAUUCGGAAGCAUCGAUAAGAAUCCUAAAAGAUGUUGUCCUUUGCCGGACAAAAGCAUUCAAUGCUGUUGCCUUGGUCGAAAUAGUAGUCUCAACUUGGGAAAAGUAUUUUGAGACCAGGCUUCUGCGGCAUGCGCACCAUCGAGAAGCGUCGCAUCGCCUGACAUUUGAGCACCUGCUGCAAGACCUGCCAAAGCUGCCCGCAGGGAGCAUCAGAAAAUCUGGUGAAACGUACUAUGUGCCCAGCUCCUCAAGCACGGUGACACACGAAGUACAAGCUGAUGUGGGUAUAUGCAGCUGUUGGGUAGGCAGCCGAGGUGCCUUCUGUAAGCACCAGGCUGCAGUGCAGAGGGAAUUCGGAGGGUGCUUCCCUAACAGCCCUAUGCUCACACCAGCAGAUUGCAAGCAGCUCGGGCAACUUGCACUAGGUGAGCGAUGCCCCCCACUCCAAUUCUAUUUGCCAAUGAGGCCAGCACAGCAAGGUGUCAACAUAGCGGAAAGCGACUCGGGUGUACCAUCACAACAAGAGCCAGGCCCAAGCACCGCUUCCAGCUUCAGUCCACAGGCAGGGCCAAGCACCGCUCCCGACUUCAGUCCACAGCCAGGGCCAAGCACUGUUCCCGACUACUGUCCAGAGCCAGGGCCAAGCACUGUUCCCGACUACUGUCCAGAGCCAGGGCCAAGCACUGCUCCUGACUACUGUCCAGAGCCAGGGCCAAGCACUGCUCCUGACUUCAGUGCACAACCAGAGGACCCCGAAGAAAUGUACAGUGCAUUGGAAAAGGCGCUCAGGAAAAUGCACAAGCUUGCAGAAGGGAACGCCGCCUACACAGUGUUGCUGAGGAGCUUUACCGAUGGAAUAGGAAAAGUUUCCAGCAGCAGUGGAGCAUACAGCAUGCUCCUGAGGCUAAAUGCUGCUGCUCGAGCAGAGAGACGCCAUGGAAAAAAAAUCCGGGUCCAGCCAACAGCCUUGGCAAGGCGCCGACCCGGAGUCACCAGAAAAUCCACCCGAAUUCCUCCUGGUCGGCCAGCCAAAGCUGGCAAUGCUAGGAAGUCUAAACGCGGGCACAAAUUAAGUGAUUCAGUUCGUGCGAAUGUGCCGGCAGCUAAGAGCCACUAAAGCUGACGACAGCUAACAUAUCAGGCAUUUCCCCCCCCCCCUUUCUUAGCUGCACCAAAUCUUUAAAAACUGCCUGUGGCAGAUAGCACAAUUUUAACACUUGAACUAAGUUAGUUGAUGAGGCAGACAAUAAUCCCCCGAACAAUCAAAUGUGCAAUCGACUAAUUAUCACAAUUUUGCUAACUAGUUCUUUACUAAUUAUUUACAGCACAUACUGUAAUUUACAUAUUGCAACUAGCAAGUAUGCAAGGCAUAUCGACUUGGGAACAAAUUCUGAGGAUGGUAUCGGUCUGCGUUUUACGCUGUCAAACUAGUAAUUGGAACAGCCAUGUAUUUUGUCAAACACUUUGAAAAUGAAUGCCCCGAAA